AACCCAAGAACCCGAUGAAUUAUGAUGUUCCCAAAGAAUGGUUUGGGGACAGUUUGUUGGUCAGUUCGGGCGCAAAAUGGAAAAGACAAAGACGACUGUUGACUCCUGUAUUUCAUUUUGAUAUGUUAAAACCAUAUGUUGAUGUCUACAAUGAUUGUGUUGAGGUAUUGAUGGAUAAAUGGAAAAGAAUAGCCAAUGAUGGACCAAUUGAAAUAUGGGAAGAUAUAAGUCUACUUACUCUGGAUUCCUUAUUAAAAUGCAUUUUUGGUGUAACUAGUAAUUGUCAAGUGAACAAGGAACACGACAUGUUUGUCCAAACAGUUAAAAAUUUUACAAGGUUUGCUACAAAGAAAAUAAGAUUUGCCAACCUACCUCCAUUGCUAUUUCGAUAUUUCACUUCCGAAGGACGUCAGUGGGAGAAGACAUUGCAGUUCUUACAUAAUUAUUCAAGACAAGUAAUUCGAAACAAAAAAGUGCAAACAAAUAGAGAAGACAACAAAUGUUUAGAUUUCCUGGAUAUCUUGCUGGAGGCAAAGUAUGAAGAUGGUAGUGGAUUAACUGAUCAAGAAAUACAAAAUGAAGUCAGUACAUUUCUUUUUGCUGGUCAUGAUACAACUGCCAGUGGAAUUUCAUGGUGUUUGUAUAACCUGGCUAGAUAUCCGGAAUAUCAGCAAACAUGCCGAAAAGAAAUCGACGAGCUUAUGGAGAAAAAAGAGAACAUGGAAAGUAAAAUG